UUGACGUGUGCCAGAGUUAUAUCUAACAUGUAACAUAUUAUAGUGUCCUGAUAAACGGCUGUGCUGUGACAGACAGACGGACGGAUGAACGGACACCGAGGUGAUUCUACAUCGCGGCGCAGUCCACGGAAAGUGCCGUCUCCGCAUGGCAUACACGUGGACCUCAGUGAUCCUGUGAAAGAACCUUCAAAUGAUCGGUUAAACAACUUGUUGAAAAACUCAUCAAAUGACCCCUUGUAUGAUCCCGUGUUAGACCACUUGCAUGACUUGGUAAACGUACCAUACCACGUAAAUGACCACUUUUACCCCUCGAAAGAAAUUUUAAACGACCACUUGAAGAACCCCAUAAGCGAGGACUUAAGUAUUCGGUUAAAUCAUCCCAGUAAUGACUUCGCUGUUAAUUUGAAUGACCCCCGUGUAGACGCUCCACUAACCAACCCUGUAUCAUUGGCAUUAUAUCUUGAAAUAGAAGGCGACGAGUUCUCUGAUGAUAUGGCUCUCCACGAACCGCCGUCUUUGCAACCGCCGCCUAGUGCUCCAACAGCGCAGUCUAUGCAACAACCCUUGCCCGACAGUACAUAUCUCGCACCACACGCUGAAAUGGAAGAGGACGACUAUCUUGAUUCGGAUGAGUUUGAAGACUCCGUUGAUAUCCAGUCUAUGAAUCUGCACGGCGCACUGGCGGACUGUGAAAAAGCUAUCACAUUUUUUUUCAAUAAUCGGCUUGAUAGUGCUAUAGCUGUAAUGACUCCGUGGAAAGAAACUUCACUGUACCAUGCUCACGGGGCAGCGAUAUUCGAAUUUAUACCAGCUGUACUCACUUUGGAGCCGGCACAAAUACAACGCGCGCAAGAUGCGUUGCGGCAGACCUUCACGCUCUGCGCACAGGUGCGCAGGAGUUACACGUUCGUCCAAUCUAUCGGCGCCAUCAUAAAGAAGCCAAAUUACGGUAGUUACACGGAGGAAGAGGCUCAUGCUGAACUGGUGCAUGCGGAGGCGCUACUACUGCUGGCCUGCCUGGGCAUCAUCGAGAACGAGGAUAUGACAGGCUUCCUUCGAGCUUCCUUGCGAGUUAGGACUUCCUACAAUGCCUACAGAAUGUGUGCAAAGAUAUUGGAACGGAAAUGUUGGGAAAAUGAACCGUCGCGGGCGCAUUUCGAGAGCGGAGUUCGUCUCGGCCUUGCGACGUUCAACGUGAUGAUCGCCAUGCUGCCGCCGCGCAUUGUUGCCUUGCUCGAGUUUGUGGGCUUCUCUGCCGAUAAGGAGAAAGGAAAAGAGGAACUGUUGAAGGCAGCUCAAUCGCCCGGAUUACGGUCAGUUCUAUGCGAGCUCACCCUGCUGGUCUACCACCUCAUUAUAGGACAUUUUGCAGCUAUUCCACCUGACUUUAAUGCAGCUGAGAAAAUCAUUUCUAAAUCUCUCAAAAAAUACCCUAAUAGUGUAUGGUUCCUGAUGUUCAAAGCGCGAACGCAAUUAUUACGGGGCAAGGUGCUAGACUCCAUAGAGACGUAUCAGCAGACUUGCAGGAUGAAAGACUUAUGGCCACAAAUGAAACAUCUUGCAUACUGGGAGCUCGUCUGGGCAUUUGCGAUGCUGAGACAGUGGACAAACGCAGCAGAGUAUGCAGCGUGUCUGGAACGCGAUAGCAAAUGGUCGCGCACUAUUUACAUGUACGCUCAGGCUGCCAUGUUACUAGAGAACAGACCUCGGUCUCCCGGAGAACGCAAGUGCAUCGACGACUUGCUAAUGAAUGCCUCGUGCUAUAGACAACGGCUACUCGGUCGCUCUCUGCCGAUGGAGAAGUUCGUUCUGCGGCGCUGCGAGCGAUGGUCCAAGCGCGGCUACCUAGUGCUUCCUGGCAUCGAGUGGUUAUACUUAUGGAAUAUUUUCCCCUCAUUAGCGGCCGAACAAAGUCAUUCUGAUGCCAUUCUAAAGAUCAUAGAAAGAAAUGGCGCUGAAAUAAAAAACUCGUUGGAUAAGAAAAAAUGUAAAGCAUUAGCCCGGGACUCGACAGAAACUGUUGAAUACGACUACGACGAUCUGGCGCUAGCGGAGUUCUUGCAGGGGAGCCUCCUCGCCGCGAUGGCACUUCCGCAUCUAGCCCUCCAAAAUCUCGAAGCUGUAAUGGCAAUGAAAGAUAACAUAAAGGAAAAUACAUUUCUACUUCCCUAUGCGACGGUGGAAAUAGCAUCUUGCUAUUACCAAUUUGGGGAUCCAUCCCGUGCUGUAGAGUUAUUACAAGAGGCCAGAAAAAAAUACUCUGGCUAUCUAUUGGAAGCGCGCUUGCAUUUCCGGAUACAUUCAAAACUAGAGUACAUACACGCCGGUAUCGACUUGCCGGAAAAGCCUACGGAAGCGGCUAGUGUCGCAGGGGCGGACAGGAUUUCGGGCCGGACAGCUGAGCCACAGCCAGGCACGAGCAUGAACGAAGAGGCGGACUUGACCUCGAGAUCGAGUGCUAAGCCAGACCUGAACUCGAGAAAAGGCGCCCGAGUCGGCUCCAGCUCGAACGUAAAUACGACGCGAGCACCAAAUUCUGUAAACGUAGAUCGACGCUCAAGCAAAGAGGGCAUAGAACCAAGAGAGAUAUUUUGGGCUACACCAGAACCAGACAUAAGAAUAGUAUCCGACCCAAACUCUACAAUGACAGGAGCGGACUUACUUUCGAGUAUAAAUUCAAUGCCCGGGUCGAGCUCAUGUUCGAGAAUGGUUACUGAACUAUCCCUGAGCGUCACUGCUGAGCCAAUGCCAUCCACAAGUUCAGGGAGCAGCUGUUUUUCUAGUCCCAGAUCGGGGUGUCCUACAAAAUUAAAAACGACCGCUGUGGUGGAGCCGAGCAUCGAGCCGGCGCGGGCCAGCAGCAUCGAGCCGGCGGCCAGCGUAACCAGUCCGGAGGAUGUUUCUAGUACAAAUGGAAUGCCAGGAUGGAGACCAGAUCAGAGGGACGUGUCAAGUACAAGUUUUGAAAUGGAUUUAAUCUGCACUUUGGCUGACUAGGAGCCGAUCGCAGCAGCAAGCGCCUGUGUGGCCUCUAAGGCUAGUAAUAGACAGAAAAGACGCACCUUACAAGACCCGAUCUGGACCUGUGAAUUUAGGUCUGUUGGUCUCAUAUGCCAGACAGUUACCUAAUAACCAACUACAACAUAAUUGUGUGCUCGUUUUUAGGGUUCCGUGCCUCAAAAGGAAAAACGGAACCCUUAUAGUAUCACUUAUAUUCACUUUGUCUGUGGUGGCUGUCAAGAAAACUCUUAGGGUACUUCCCAUUGACCUAGAAUCAUAAAAUUUGGCAAACCUACCUGGUCGGAAAAAUCCCAAAACCGUGAAUUUGUGGUUACAUCACAAAAAAAAAUUAAAAUGUGUUCAUGAAUAAAUAUAAUAACAAUAAGUAUAUUGAAUUUUGAAAAUAAGAUAACUAUACCAAGUGG